GGCGUCUAUGCGUCAUGCUAAGUCUGGUCCCCCAUCUGUGCAGUACUAAAGGUACGUACCGAUCUUAGAACACCUGACCGCACAGUAUCUACGAUGGCGAGAGAAUUGAAUAAGUCCAAGGGCAUUUUAAAAAACAAGGGUAGCGUUUCAUCAGCCUCCACUGAACGACAUGCGCCCAAUCCUCGUGAGGUUGCUGUCAAGCAUGCGCAUAUCAUCCACUCGCGCCGCCAGAUCGAAGAUCAGAUCGCCGACUCCAUAAUCGAACUCUCCAAGUUCCCUACCACUCGCGACUCGUUCUACGAUGCCCCCAACCCUGCGCCAGCCGAUGCGGAAACGUUCAAAAACCAGGUCCGUCUAUACCAGCCGAGUGACUACGAUGAUCUGAUUGAGGAGCGUAACGCCAAUGGGCUUUGCGGAUAUACGCUAUGCCCCAACCUGCGGUCUCGAGUAACUGGAGGUGGCACCUUCAAGAUCCUAAACUAUGGGCGCAGAGACUUCAACAUCAUUCCGAGUCGGGAGCUCGAGAAGUGGUGCUCACAGCUUUGUGCUAAGCGAGCCAUGUACGUCAAGGUGCAGCUAAACGAGACAGCUGCGUGGGAACGUGCAGGUAUCGCUUCGAUACACAUAGAACUAUAUGAGGAAGAUACUAGCUCUACAGUUAGUGAUGCCACCACGCAGCUGCAAAAGGACGUGGAGAAUAUGAAGAUCGAAGCGCUAGAAAAAAGCGCCCAGAAUGCGCAAAGUCUCGCUCUGGAAAGAGGGGAUGCCAUUGAGAACGGGAAGACAUCGAAACGCUCUGUGAAGCUAACUAUCAGGGAGAAACCAGCGAAGGCGCCAACAGCCCCAUCACUAGAUCUCGAUAGUCAGGCCCAUUUGGUAAUGGAAGGCUACAAAACUACUUUCGAUCCGAAGUCAGACGCAGUGAACCAAGACGAGCAGAAGACGAGUUCAAGAGAUGUGAUAAGGGAAUGACGUGUUUAGGCUUCAUCAUCAUAAUUACGAUGCAUUUACGAGGCGUUUAGGUGUACAUCACUAGAGAUACCCCCAGACCAAACUGAGCUAGCGCAUGCAUACAUUCGUGAUA